AUGAUAUCCGACAGGAUUUCAAAGGUUGUACUUAUAGCGUGCGGCGUGGGCACGAUAGCGGGUCUGUUACUGACGUCAGCGGAUCGCAAGGCCCAAUCACGAGCGCAGGGACCUGCGUCCGUUGAAGAUAAGCUGAAGCAACUCGAUAAGAGCAUCCUCGCGCGCGACUUCUCCUUCCGCCGCGACGUGCAUGCAACGUCGCUGUUCCGUGCUAUACCAGUGCUCGCACACGACAUCUACGCGCGCUUCCCCGGGAAGGUGGUGUAUCGUCGCGAGAGAAACGGGGUGGAGGCAGCUGCGAGGGAGCUCUAUGCUGCUGUGAAGAACGGGGCGAACGGCAGUGGCAGGGUAGCAGUGGGACUGGACUGCGAGUGGAAGCCCACGUGGGGGAAAGCUCUGCUCAUCAGUGCACUGUCUUACCCGCGUCCCCUCACUGUUCUCCCUUCCAAUCCCCCCCCCCCCCCCUCGCCACCACCAGGCCCUGAGAAUCCCUGUGCGCUCUUACAGCUCUGUGCCAACGCGGACGUCUGCUAUCUCUUCCAUCUCAAGUUCACCGGCAUUCCCGAGACUCUUAGGGCACUGCUGAAGGAUGCUAGCGUGGUCAAGACAGGUGUGGGUGUGACAGAGGAUGGCCGCAAGCUGAGGAAAGACUUUGGUGUCGAGGUGAAUGGGUUGGUCGACUGCUCCCCACUGGCAGCGGAGAAGGCAGUGGUGAAGGAUGGAGGGCAAAUGGUGGGCCUCAAGACACUCACCCGCCUCGUGCUGCAAAAAGAGCUAGCAAAGCCGAAGCGAGUCCAGUGCAGCAACUGGGAGGGAUUCCCUCUCACAGACGCCCAGCUCAUCUACGCUUCAACAGACGCGUUUGUGUCGCUGAGAAUCUUCCAGGAACUUGACGCCAUGCCCAGCCCGUGGCAGGGAGGGAUUAAUGGGCAUGAGGGUGGGAAGGAAGAGGAUGACACAAAAGGGAGGAAGGAGAAGAGGAAUAAAGAGAAGGUAGGCAAGCAGGAGGGGAAGGAGGGGGAGGAAAAGAAGGGGAAGGAGGAGAAGAAGAGCAAGAACGGGAAGGAGGGGCAAGCAGAUGUGGAAGCAAAGACGGGGAAGAAGAGCAAGAGGAAGCAAGACGCACUAGAGGAGGGGAAGAGGGCAGCAACAGCAGAUGGUGGUGUAAGCGAAGCAGCAGAGGCAGACGGGGCGAGAAAGAAGAGGAGAAAGCAAGCGAGCACAGGGGAAGGCAAGGCUGAUGGUGGGAGCAGCAGCGGCAGCAAGGUGGCGAGCUUGAAAGAGGCUGCUGCGGACACGGCAAGUAGAUGGAUUUGCUGCAAGGAGGCGACGGGGCCGGUGGCAGCGGUGGUAAAGAGCGCGGACCAAGUAAUGGCGACUCAGAGCCACGCUCGCGACUUCUCCUUCCGCCGCGACGUGCAAGCAACAUCGCUGUUCUAUUCCAUCCCAUUGCUCGCGCAAGACAUCUACGCGCGCUUCCCCGGGAAGGUGGUGUAUCGUCGCGAGCACAACGGCGUGGAGGCAGCAGCAAAGGAGCUCUACGCGGCUGUGAAGAACGGCGCCAACGGCAGUGGCAGAGCGGCGGUGGGGCUGGACUGCGAGUGGAAACCCAAGUGUUGGAAAGGUGGUCCCGAGAAUCCUUGUGCGCUCUUACAGCUCUGUGCCAGCGCGGAUGUCUGCUAUCUCUUUCAUCUCAAGUUUUCUGGCGUUCCCGAGACUCUAAGGGCAUUGCUUAAGGAUGCUAGCGUGAUCAAGACUGGGGUCGGGGUGACAGCGGACGGCUGGAAGCUGAGUGAAGACUUUGAUGUUGAGUUGAAUGGGCUGGUGGACUGCUCGCCACUGGCCCUGGAAAAGGCAGUGGUGCCGGGUGGAGGGCAGAAAGCGGGGCUUAAGGCACUCACACGCCUUGUGCUGCAGAAGGAGGUGAGCUGUGCUGCAGAUGGUAGAAGGAAGGAGGCAGAAAGAAGGAGGUUUGCUGUGUUUCUAGGCGGCAGGAACGCCCUAUAUAGGUUUCUGAAUGGUGAUUUGCAAAUCUCGUUCGUCCUCCGAGUGCCAGGGCUCACAUUGCAGCCAGUGGCAGCAUCUUUUAGGCGCCUGAAAAGACGACCUUUGAGCGGCCUCAGAGGUGCACAUUGCAGCCAGUGGCAGCAUCUUUUAGGCGCCUGA